AUGACUAAAGAUCCCGAAAAAGCUGGAGUUGAUGGGUUGAUUGAACAUAAAAGUAGUUCCACUUCUUCAUCUCUUAAACAACAGCCACAAUAUGAUAGUGACUCUAUUCAUUCCAAGACUGGUGAAGCUGGUGGUGGUGAAAAGGGUAAUAUUUUAGCUCAAUAUUCAGAAAAGCAAACCAUGCAAAUGGGUAGAAAUUAUGCUCUCAAGCAUGGGUUGGACCCUGAAUUGUUUUCCCGAGCUGCUGCUUUGGCUAGACUGCCCCGUGAGUUUAACUCAAUGCCCUUUUUAUCAGAAGAAGAGAAAAUCGGAUUAAAUAGAGAAGCUACUAAAAGGUGGCAUAUUCCAUUCAAGUUAGUCGAAGUUAUUGCUUUGGGUUCCAUGGCUGCUGCUGUUCAAGGUAUGGACCAGUCUGUUAUUAACGGUGCUACGCUUUUCUACCCAAAAGUAAUGGGUUUGUUGGAUAUGGAAGAGCCUCAGUUGAUGGAAGGUAUGAUCAAUGGUGCUCCUUAUCUUUGUGCUUCCUGUAUUGCUUGUUGGAUGAGUGAUUCUUGGAAUAGAAAGUUAGGUAGAAAAUGGGUAAUUUUUUGGACUUGUUUAAUCAGUGCAGUCACUUGCUUCUGGCAAGCCUUAGUUAACUUGAAAUGGUACCAUUUAUUUAUUGCCAGAUUUCUCAUGGGUUUUGGUAUUGGUAUUAAAUCUGCAACUGUUCCUGCUUAUGCGGCUGAAACCACUCCCCAUACCAUCAGAGGUAGUUUGGUUAUGUUGUGGCAGUUCUUCACCGCUGUUGGUAUCAUAAGACAUGUCUUACGUCAAAAAGUUGCCGACCAGCCUCCAUUGUACAGCCACCAAAGAAUGGCUGUUACAAAUCCCGAAUGGAAUGAAAAAGCCGAAGUCUCUCAUGUUGAAUAG